CUCCGCCCGGCAGGGGCCGCCCGCGUCCCCUCCGCCGUCCCCGCUGCGUGCCGAGGAGCGGCCGGCGGCAGACAGUAAAGUUUUUGAUCAGCUGCUGCACAGGAAAUUGUUAUUGUGCUGAAAAGAUAGGGAUAACACCAGAAUUAAAAAGUGGAUGGGGAAGUAACUAGAGACAGAUUGUGGUUUGUCAUCUGCUCCAGAGAGAAUCAGAACAAUGUCCUACGUUUUCGUCAACGACUCUUCCCAGACAAACGUGCCACUGCUGCAGGCUUGCAUUGAUGGAGAUUUUAACUAUUCCAAACGCCUGCUGGAGAGUGGUUUUGACCCAAAUAUUCGUGACAGCCGGGGCCGAACUGGCCUGCACCUUGCUGCAGCCAGAGGAAAUGUAGACAUCUGUCAACUCUUGCACAAAUUCGGUGCUGACCUACUAGCCACUGAUUACCAAGGUAACACAGCCCUUCACCUGUGUGGGCAUGUGGAUACCAUCCAGUUCCUAGUUUCUAACGGACUUAAAAUUGAUAUUUGCAAUCACCAAGGUGCAACACCGCUUGUUCUUGCAAAACGAAGGGGUGUAAAUAAAGAUGUAAUUAGGCUGCUGGAAUCUUUAGAGGAGCAAGAGGUGAAGGGAUUCAACAGAGGAGCUCACUCAAAACUGGAAACGAUGCAGACUGCUGAAAGUGAAAGUGCAAUGGAAAGCCAUUCCCUCCUUAAUCCAAACCUACAGCAAGGGGAAGGAGUUCUUUCCAGUUUCCGCACGACAUGGCAAGAGUUUGUGGAAGACCUGGGCUUCUGGAGAGUGCUGCUCCUGAUCAUUGUCAUUGCUCUGCUGUCUCUUGGAAUAGCAUACUACGUUAGUGGGGUGCUUCCUUUUGUAGAAAAUCAGCCUGAACUGGUGCACUGAAGCAAAUGAAAAGAAGCGCACUGCUCUUUUCCCUGUUGUCAUCUUAUUUUGAACAUCUUGGAAUUUUUCUCUUGGUGCAGGCAGUGGCAGCUGUGCAUACUGUUUUCCUUUUAUACUUAGCAUUAACCCCGUUGAAAGAGGAAUUAAUUCACUUCAAGUAAAACACUAAAUUCUAAAGCAUUCCUAACCUACCUCUGACUUAUCUCAACUUGCAAGCAAGAUGUAAAGGUAAUCCUCUCUGUUGAUAAAAUACUAUGAUUAGAAAGGUCUUUCAUAAGGCACAUUAAAUUCUUGAGCAUGAAAAAUGUAACCUAGCACAGAACCAAGUUUGAUUUGUAAUCCAUAUGAAGAGAGGUAAAUCUCUUCUUGCAUAAUUUUGUGUGCUUCAGUUGAAAGAAAAAUACUCUCUUAAAGGUCCCCUAGAAAUUGGAAUAAAAUAGCAAUGCAUUCUGAUACAUAGACAGUAAUAAGCUCUAUGUUUGUAGUUGUUUUAGUGCCUCCCCCUAGUUUCAUAUCUGCUCGUUUAUAAAAAGAAUGAGAAAUAGUUCAAAUCUUAUUACAUCUUUAAUGUAUAGAUCACUCCUUUAUUUAUUAGGUUAGCGUAGUGUUUCUUCCCCAGAUUAAAUUGAUGUUGUUAAUAUCUGUCUGGAGUAAUUUUUGUAGAACAAAGCUGGUUGUAGUGCUUUGGAAGUAAAAUUGUUUCAGCCUCUAGGGUGAAAAUUUUGCCUUUUUGCUGGAAUAUUACUAAGCAAACCUUUAUUUGUAAGGGUGGAUAAAAAGUGAUGUAGGUGUUCUGCUCUGUAUAUACCAAUUCUGUAAGACCAUUGUCUUUGUGAAAUAUGUCAUGAAGGAUAACUCUUUUUCCUCCACAAGGACCACGUUGAACCGUGCGAUUCUAUCAUUUUCACAUUUGUGGAAAGGACUCGAUUGACUAGAAUUCCUUUCUAGAAUUACUUUCUAUUUCAAUUGUUUUCAGACAUCACUUACACAUUUACAAAGUAUUUUCUGAGUAUGCAGAAUAAAAAUAUUUAAAACGUUAAUAUUUAGGAAUAUUGUAUGAAAUGAGAUCCUAUCCCAUUCUGUACUUAAGCUGUGAAAUCCUUUAUUUAACUUAGGGACAUGUAUCAGUUAAACACUCUUUUAUGAAGGCUAGGAUGGAUGAUAAUACACAGUAGUUGUAGGUUUUUCAAAGAAAGCAGAUUCUCUCCUUCCAGGCUGAUCAGAUAUCUAACUCCCUUAGUUGCCAUUGCUUUGAAAAUCCUCCAAAAUUUGAAUUCUGCAAAACUAAUGAUUUUUUUUUUUUACCUAACAACUCCAAAAUUGUUGCUAAAUAGUAUCGAACAUUUACAAAAUUAUAAAUUGCAACAAGUUUUACUAGAAGUAAUUACAUCUCUCUGUUCUGCUACCAUGUACAUUUUUCUUUCUUGUGUAUGGGUUUGACUGAAGAGGAUUGUCGUCUUUGCGUUGGUGUGUGACAGGGGCUUCACUAACGUGGGCCCCAUUCUAAAUUGCAUCUGAAUAAUUCUGCAUCUCAUUUCUUAAGCUAGACGUUAAUGAAAAAUACUUCCCUAGCAGCUGGAAAGCCUCUUAAAAUAACAACAAAACAGAGCAUACUCUUCUUCUGAAUAUUUCGAUUACUGUACAUACGCUUGUGAACAGAGAAAUAUAAACUCAUGCCUAAAAUACAUUUACUUUUCUGGAUAAGUACAUUUCUGUUUAUGAUACUCUGUAUCCUGAAUAAUUGCUGUCUUUCAAUAUGUAUUGUCUGCAUAAUUUGUAAUUGUAUUCUCAGUAUGGGUGAAUGCCAGAAAUAAAUAUAUGUAGUAAA